AUGUUCAAGUGUUUUCCAUUACCAUUUUGUAGUCGAAAUUUAGAACAAAUCGAUAAACGUCAUUGUAAUUUAACAACAGUACCAGAUGAUGUUCUUCGUUAUACUCGUACAUUAGAAGACUUAUUGCUUGAUGCCAAUCAACUUCAAGAUUUGCCUAAGGGCGUUUAUCGUUUAACACAAUUACGUCGUUUAACAUUUAGUGAUAAUGAAAUUCAACGUAUUUUACCUGAAAUCGGACAAUUAGUUAAUCUCGAAGAACUUGAUUGUUCAAGAAAUGACAUUGCCGAAAUUCCGGAUAAUAUCCGACACUGUCGAUCAUUACAAAAACUUGAUUUUAGUGGAAAUCCAUUAGCCAAUAAUCUUCCAUCUGGUAUAAUUCAUCUUCGUCAAUUAAGUCAGUUAAUAUUAAAUGAUGUUUCCCUUGCCGAAUUACCCAAAGAAAUUGGCAGUCUUUCGAAUUUACGUGUUCUUGAAAUGCGAGAAAAUUUGCUCAAAAUCUUGCCAGAUUCACUUGUACAAUUAACAAAACUUGAAUCACUUGAUUUAGGUUCAAAUGCCAUUGAACAACUUCCAAAUCAUAUUGGAUAUUUACAAUCAUUAAAAGAAUUAUGGCUUGAUUCAAAUGAAUUAAUUGAAUUACCCAAUGAUAUUGGACAAUUAAAAAAUUUACAAUGUUUAGAUGUAUCAGAAAAUAAAUUAACUUAUUUACCAAAUGAAAUUGGUGAUUUAGAAUCUUUAACAAAUUUUGAAUUAUCAUCAAAUCAAGUUGAAGAAAUACCAAUUACAAUUGGUAAACUUAAACAACGUUUAUUAAUAUUAAAAAUAAAUUCGAACAGUUUAAAUAAAUUAUGUGAAGAAAUUGGAUAUUGUUUAGCAUUAACUGAAUUAAUUUUAACUGAAAAUACAUUAAAUGAACUUCCGAAAACAAUUGGGAAUUUAAAACAUUUAUCAAAUUUAAAUGUUGAUAGAAAUCAAUUAACAUAUUUACCUACUGAAAUUUCGGGAUGCGAAUCAUUAGGUUUACUUAGUUUACGUGAUAAUCGUUUAACACAAAUUCCAUCUGAAUUAUCAAAAUUAAAACAUUUACAUGUACUUGAUUUAUCAGGAAAUCGUUUAUUAAAUUUGCCAUGUACACUACUUGAUUGUGAUUUAAAAGCAAUAUGGUUAGCUGAAAAUCAAGCACAACCAAUGUUAAAAUUUGCUACAGAUAUUGAUUCAAAUACAGGAGAAAAAGUGAUUACAUGUUAUUUACUUCCUCAACAACAAUAUACAACAUCAUCUAUGGAAAAUCUUCUCAAUACUUCAAAAUGUCAAAAUGUAAAUGGUGAAGUACCAAUAUCACGUCAAAUAAUUCACUCACCACACAUUCAAGACGAAGAUUUAAUUAGUGAUGAUCGACAUGAACGUACUGGUUCAGUUAAAUUUGCUGAUGAAGCUGAAGAAUUAAAAGAAAGUUCAUUACAACGACAUAAUACUCCUCAUCCAAAAGAUUUACGAACAUGGAGAUAUAAAAUGGCAAAAAAACUUCAUACUGAUGGUAAUAUACUUCAUCAUGAUCAUCAACAUCCUUAUCAACCAAAUGCGCAUACACAUAGUGAUUCAUCACAUCCAUCAAUUUCUUCCGGAACAUCACUAUCACAAACUAAUCGACCUACAAAAGAUUCAGCAGGAGUCGUACAUGAUUCAAUUGAUUAUAUUCCACCUGAAAUAUCUCUCGUUGAUCGUCAAAAUUCUGAUAAUGAAGAUGAUGAAAAUUCCGGUGAACAUAUGGGAUAUAUUGAAAAGCAUGUUGAAUUUACAGAUGAUUAUAAUAACAAUGAUUAUAGUAAAGAAUCACAGAUGCAACAAAAACUUCAUCGACGUGAUACACCACAUCAUUUAAAAAAUAAACGUAUUAUUACUCAAAAUAAUGAUUCAAUGACAUUAAAUAAAAUUAUGUCAAACAGUCCAACGAAAUCAUCAAUAACAAGUGGAAGAAAUGAUUCAAUAUCACCAUCAUUACCAAGUAAUAAUCGACCAAUAACAGUUCAUUAUGAACAAAUAACAUUUAAUAUUCAUCGAACAUCAAAUACUGGUCUUGGUAUUAGCAUUGCUGGUGGAAUGGGUUCAUCACCUUACAAAGAUAAUGAUCAUGGUAUAUUUUUAACUAAAGUUACUGAAGAAGGUCCAGCAGGUCAAGCUGGUUUACUUGUUGGUGAUAAACUUCUAACAGUAAAUGGUAUAUCAUUAAUAAAUAGUGAACAUAGUGAAGCUGUAAAUGCUUUAAAAAAAGCCGGUGAUCAUUUUGAAAUAAUUAUUGUACGUGAAAUUUUACAAGCUUCGAAUGAUUAUUUAACAAAUGAUGAAAAUUCUUCCACAAUGAAUCAACAUGAUGAACAAUUAAGUUUUUCAAUUCCAAAUGAAAAUCAAACAAUAACAACAAAUGGUAAUGAUAAUGUACAUCGUUCAAAAUCUAUUGAUCAAAAUUCUUUAAUUUCUAAUGAUCAUCAUUUAUCAAUAAAUGGUCAUGAUCAAACUAUUGAUAUGAUUAAUAAUGAAAAAAAUACUAUUGAUUCAACAGUUAAUCAUGAAAAACUAUCAAAUGGAAAUGAAAAUUCUUUGUCAACAAAUAUUGAUAAUAUGAUUGAGGAAGCACGUGUAGCUAAAGGUAAUGGUCCAAUGGGUCUAAGUAUUGUUGGUGGUAUUGAUCAAGCAUGUCCACCGUUUGGCAUGGAUCAACGUGGUGUAUUUGUAUCAAAAAUUCUUCCAAGUGGUUCAGCUUCUCGAACAAAUCUUCGUAUUGGUGAUCGAAUAUUAAAAGUAAAUAAUCAGGAUAUAACACAAGCAACACAUUUAGAAGCUGUUCAAGCACUUUUACAACCAACAAGUGAAGUUGUUUUACUUGUUCGUCAUGAACCUCAACCGAUUGGAUUAAAAGAAGUUAUAUUAAAAAGACAAUCCAGUGAAGCACUUGGUAUUCGAAUAAAUGGUGGUGUUGAUGGUAAACAUGUUCAUCCAGAUGAUCCAGAAGAUGAUGGAAUAUUUGUUACUGAAGUUAAAGAUAAUAGUCCAGCAUCAGGAAUUUUAACAAUUGGUAAUCGAAUUCUCGAGGCCGUGAAUUGUUCUUGUUCGAAACGGUGGUUUUGUUUAUCACAUAAAUCACCAUCAUCAUCAUCAUCAACAAUUCAUAGUCCAUUAUCAUCGAUUUCAUCAUCAAUUGAUCAAUGUUUUAUAAGAGAUUAUUGUGAAACAAGUAUAGAUGAUAUUGUAAAUUUAAAAGGUAUAUUAACAUUUGAAAAAUUAUCAUCAUUUCAUAUUAAACGUACACGAUCAAAUGGAUAUAUAAGAAAAAAACAACAUUUAAAAAAAUAUCAACAACGAAGAACAAAAUCAUGUUGUUUAUCAGCUUUAUUUCAAUCAACGAAAAAAAAUUUUUAUGACAAAAAGAAAGAUUUAACAUGUACACAACAAAUUUUAGCACCUAUUGUUACAUUAAAAGAUUUAAUAUCAAGUUCAUUUUCAUUAUCAUCAUCAGCUUCUCUAUCAAGUGAUGAUAAAGCAAUAUCGCCACUUUCCGACACAAUUCUAUCUCCAACAAUAAAGAAUGAUACUCCAUCAUUUUCGUGUAAAUCAUUGUCAUUUGAUCCAUCUUUAUCAAUAAUAUCAACACCAAAAUCUUUACUCGUUCAUUCCUAUACAUCAUUAUCAAAUUAUCGUAUAAAAACUAAUAUAACAAAACGUCAAUAUUCUCUUGAAGAACAAAUUCAUAAUGAAGAAUGUACUUAUUGUGCACACGAAAAUGCUUUACCAUUAAAAUUUGAUUCCAAUAGUAAUAAUAAUAACAAUAAUAAUAAUAAUUUCGAAAAAAUAUCACUUCAAUCAUUUAAUCUUAUACAUGCCGUUGAAAUGUAUUUAUCAUCAAAUAAUACUUCACAUGAUUUAUUUGAUAUAUCAUCAUUAUCAUCUGAACAACAUGCUACAAUUCAAGAAACAAAACAAUUAAAUUUAUGUGAAAUUAAUGAAAUUAUUUAUGCAAUUCAUUCUGAUAUUGACAAUAAUAAUGAACGAAAUGAAAUACUUGAUUCACUUGCAUCAUCAUUACGACAAGUUGCUGAAGAAACACCUAUUAUACCUUCAGAUGAACAAAUCUUACCUAUUAAUAAUAUACCUGAACCACCACAACCUCCAGGACUUGGUCAGAUUUUAGCACGAGCUGUUAUGUAUGAUAUCGUUAAUAAUCAAAGUUUAUUUGGUGCUCGUUUGGAUGAUGCUCAAAAAUGGCUUAGUGCACCAAAUGAAAGUAUUCAUCUACUUAUUUGUUAUGGAUUUAAACCGAAAGAAAUUACUUCUGUAAGUAGUUCAACUUAUAGUUUAACAAAAAAAUCGAAAACAAAUGAUCCAAUAUCACCAUCUGUUCUUACACGACCACUAUUAACACAACAACCAAUAUCACCAAUACCAUCCAUAAAACCGAAUGGAAUUUCAAAUCCAUCAUUAUCUCCAAAAUCUUCACAACCGCCACCAGUUCCAGCGAAACCAAAACUUCGUUCACCAAAUAAUCAAUCGAUACCAAUCAAUGGAGAUAAUCAAACCGCCGCAACAAUAAAUCAUUCAUUUCCUACACGAAUUCCAGCACAUAAUGGUUUUGAUAUUGAUGAAUCUGAUAUAUCUGUAACAGAAUCAGAACGAUCAUUUAAAGAUAAGAAAAAAUUUUUUGAAAGUGGUUUUAAAGAUCCUGGACCAAGACCUAAACCUCGUCAGUUUAAAUAUAUCAAUGAACAUGAAUUAUUACAAAUGAAAAAAGAAGAUGAACAAAAAGUUAAAUCUAUGAGUCCAACUGAAUUACUUCAAUCUCGAACAAUGUAUGAUAAUGAUAAAAAUGAUCCUGAAUUCAUGCAAACAACAUUGUCUCAAUAUCAUACACCAACUUAUCUUGCUAAACGGGAUUCAUCAUGGGGAAAACGUGUGCGAAGUGUUUCGCUCGCGAAAUAUUCCCAUUAUUUACCAGAAGAAGAUGAUGAUGAUAUUGUUCCACAACGACAAUCACGAAAUAUUUCUUCUAGUACAAGAGUAACCUCGCUCGAACGUAAUACCGCUUCUGCUCGUACUAUGCUUUCGAAAAUUGCUAUUGAAUCCGGUAUGACUUAA